AUGGGACUGCUUGAAGACGCGCGAAGACUCGCCGAGACUUACGGGCCAGAGGCGGCGCGACAUGUAGCAUCUACUGCAGACAAAGCGUGGAAACACGGUAGCGCUUUCGGUCAAGAAGUAGCAAAGCGUGCUGGUCCAGCCACCGCAGAUGCGAAAGCUCAUCUGGACAAGCUCAGCAAAGAAGCGGGCAAGCAUGCUGCUCCUAUCGCCAGCAGUGCCUCGAAGCAUGCUAUUAUACUUGCCCGCGCCGCCUACAACAGCGGCAAAGAAGGUCUACAAGUCCUACCACAAGUCCCGGGCGGAUACAUAAAUGAAGAGUACGACUGGAAGUUCGUCGCACAGUUUGGCGAGGACAUGGCAAAGCAGCUUGGCAGUACAGCAGGCGACUUUUGGGAGAAGCUAGGCAGCGGCGACAUCAUCCACGACAUUGGUCAGGUCGCUAUCCCGAACAUUGAGUUCACCAAGGAAGAUCUCUCGGGGUUCAGUGAGAGGCUCAAAGCAUGGAUUCUUGCCAACCCUAAACAGUUUACGACAUUGCUGGCUUGUAUCGCUUCAGGCCCUAUCGCUCUUGCUGUCACACCAGUUAUGCUGGGCCUUGUGGGCUUCACCCCUAUCGGUAUCGCUGCUGGCUCUGUGGCCUCUACAUUCCAGGCAGGCGUCGCUCCCAUCGCUGCCGGUAGCGCUUCGGCCAUUCUCACUAGUGCCGCGAUGGGAGGGUAUGGGCUUGUGAUCGUCCAGGCGAUUGCUGUAGGCUCAAGUGUGACAGGAACUUGCGGCAUCGCAGCUCUGGCGUUUUUGCAAGCUGUUAAGGAAGACGAACAGUGUAGGAAGUUGAAGACGGAACAGAUGACGUAG